AUGGUCACGGGCCAGACUGAUUGUCAAUGGAAGCUCUCGGCAACGCAGCCCGUAGUGGUGAUUGACGAGUCCAAGUCUCUUCUGGCCUUUUUAGAUUCAUGUCCUAGCCCGCAGUUGAUGGAGCCUAUGAAGGUUGACGAAGAACCAAAAGAGAUUCGUGGCACUUUUGUGGAGGAGCUACGACUUCCUGAACGCGACGUGGACCCAGGCUCGGCGCUCAUCAAGAGCAAUUCCGAGUGCGUCCCGUUUAGCCCCAUGCCCGAAAUGAAUAUGAUCUUGAGCAUAAAGGAUAUAAGGGAGAGGAUCCUGCAGUUGGCGUUGGUGAAGGCCAGCAGGCAAUUGACCCUUCUCAACCAGCCAAUCAAUAGCGAGGAUGAUAGUUUUUACGAAGACGACGAGAGAGUACUUAGAAAGCAAGGGGAUGAGGAAGCAGAAGACGAUUAUGACGACGACGACGACGACGACGAAAAGCCGGAGAAAAAUUGUGGCAGAGGCGGUGGUUUUGGUGACGGUGAUGGCUGCAUUCAUCAGACUUUUGAGUUGGCCAGGAUCCGCGAAGAGCUAGCGUCACUCAAACCGCGGUCUUUCUCAUUGAGCAUCCGUGAUUUCAGGUUCCAGCCCGCUAAGCUCUCGUUGGGGUGGCUCCAGCUAAGUGGAUGGGAACUGAUUGACAAUGGUACGCGACGAACGGUAAAAUUUCUCCUUAUUUGUCGCAAAAUCAAGCACGGUAUAGCUGCAUGGACGCGCAAGAUUGCAGCCAAAUUCAGCUCCGACAAACUGGAAAAGAAGGGCAAGAAACUGAAGAAACAGAAGAAGGCUGAAAAUAACGGUAGUGGUGGUGCUGCUGCUAGUGCUGGUGCUUUUUUCCCCAAGAAGGAACGAAGCAGCGCUACGCUCAGACCGAGAAAGUCGACAACGAGUCGACGCAGACGGAAAAGAAGAGACUCAAUGUCGAGAAGGAAAAGGCAAGCAGCAAUGUAUGAUCGCAAAGGCUGCUUGCGUCGUCGCCGGACUUGGGUCAAUGACUUUCGCCCCGCGCGACCCAAGUCCAAGAGCAAAAAACGCCAGAGCUCGGAUGAGUUCCUCAAGGCCCAUCGCACGUAUUUGACCCACGAACUAUUGAGAUUUCAAAACAUUGCAUAA